AUGUCUUUGAGAACACUCGGCUUGAACUCGUCGCUCAAGGGGCUUUUUGCCACCAAGCCAGCAGAGGUUGUCAAGGCUAUGCACACCGUGCUUGACUUCAAGCAGCACGGCGACGAAUCGCUCAACAACGUCAUGACCAGAUCCGACAAGGAGAUGGGAGGCUACUCUACGGUACACUUCGAGCUCGAUGACAAGGAACACGUCGGCCACUUCCACGGCUACUUGUCGUUGGACUUGCCCAAGGACAACCCCGAAGUCACGAGAUCUGGCUAUGCCAUGUUUAGAACAAAGGACCAGAAGGAGUCGUGGUUGUCUGGAAACAGCUACUGGGACUGGUCCAACUACUCUUCGUUGGUCUUGAGAGUCAAGGGCGACAGAAGAAAGUACUUGGUCAACAUUCAGACCAACACACCUUUGGUGACUGACUUGUUCCAGCACCGUUUGUUCCUCAACCAUCCUGGUGAAUGGGAAACCGUGGUGAUUCCACUCAACGACUUUGUCAUGACUAAUUGGGGUGUGAUUCAGGAUGGAAGUGAGAUCAACAAGUCGGAAGUCAAGACAGUUGGCAUUGGUUUAUUGGACAAACAAUAUGGUCCAUACUCCUUGAAGGUCGACUGGAUUAAAGUAAUGGCCGGAACAGAAGUAGCCAAGGAAACCAAGAAGUCGAGAUCGGAAAAGACUCAAUCGUUCGAAAACGGCGGAAUCGAUGUUGAUGGCCAGGAAAUCCCAAUCCACGGUGCUGCCAUUAACUCUGGUAAAUUUGAAGACCCAAAGAACACCGUUUUCUAA